AUGCUGUCUCAGAGGACUUCCUACCAAUCCGCGAUCGAGAGUCAUGUGCAGCAAGUCCCAUGGCUCGGUAACCUCGACCACAGAGCAUUACGAAUCAUCCCUUCAACGUUAGCCGUCUUGACGACCAAAGCUAUCUUCGUGAAUGGCUUCCAUCAUCCUCUUCGACUACUAUUGCUGCACCUCCUAGCGACGCUACUUUGGGAACUCAUUCUAUGGAUUUCCUCACGCAAGACCCAACAUACAUCCGAUGCAAAAGACUAUACACUAUACGAACUAGCUCGUAGAGCAAACAUAUUCUCGAGGAGUGGAGCGAAGCUUGGCCUACGCUUCGCUUGUGGCAUUGGAGCAUUGCUAUGCGAGUACGUGGCUAUCUACCGUUUCCGCUCGCUUCCUGCUCUGAGUAUGCUGCUCUUGCCAGAUUGGAGUCAGAUCGUCCACUUUGUGCGUCAUAAAGAUAUCGCCAUUGCAAAAAAGGCUGCUGCAUGUCUUGGGUGCAUUGUAGGUGUUGCAAUGAUACUCGUCUUUGAGUACCAGCUAUCAGAGGUUGGGCUCAAGUCAACAGGCACGGCAAUCUUUCUGGGCCUUGCUGCACAACUGCUUCGCCAGGAGCCAGUCGCCUUGGAUGAUUAUGAAGGUACACAUUCUUGGAUUCCCAUUGCUUCAGCCCGCGACAGGACAUUGCUUCUUCCGUUGGCUAUCUUCGUCACCAUGGUAGCAGUCUACUUGAGAGAAUAUCUGAUAUAUACACCGCCGCUCUCCAAGACACUACUCGCUGUUCUAGCUGUCAAUACUCUUGCUGCAGUUAUACUCUUCCAGUACAACGGGUCAUACUUCAGACAGACGGAGCCACUCGCUACAUUCAACGGUAUUGAGGAAGAUCUUGACGAUGAUGAUAUGCAACCCUUUCUUGAAGCUGUAGCACUCCAGACUGUGAUAGCUCUAGGCAGCUUCAUGAUCGACUCAUCAACGGUGUCUAUUCAACAGUAUAUCGGUUUCUGGAUUGCCCUGAUCACGCUUCUCUGGGUCAGUCGGCAGUUCAGAUCCAGUGCUGUGAGUGGCGCGAACUACACGCCUAUUGGCGUGUCACCGCACAAUACUGAACAACGUCUGCCGGAUUACGAGACUGUUGACAUGCCUAAGACACGCAGAGAUACCGAGUGGAGUGGCUCAUUACAAGCCAUAUUCUUAGCAGUCUGUAUUCUCCUCUCUGUAUCACUGAUAUUGUCUAGCCAUACCUUGCCUCGACCAUCGUCGCGCUGGGUACCAAGACACGAUCAUUCAGAUCUAUCUUUCAACACAACAAGAUCUCUAGACUUUGUUGUGUCCCGAUACGAUGAAUCCGCAGCUCAAGUUGCACAGCAGAUCAACUCUCUAUACGCACUUCCAAGCAUUGGCGCUCUAGCAUCACGUCUUGUGGUCUACAGUACGAAUGACAACGACACUGGCGGAUUUACACAAGACCUACAGCGAUUGCUACAUCCAACCAUCGACCUAGUGGUCUCCCAACACCCAAACGUAGGCCGAGAGGCUGCAGCCUAUCUCAGUCACAUACUCUCCAACUACCACAACCUUUCAGACCACACUUUUUUCUUGCAAGCCGAAAUGCACUCUCCCAAUCUCAUUUAUCCACGACUUGAGAGUUACUUUGUUCCUCAGACAGGCUUUUUGUCUCUUUCGGAUACACAUUAUCAACUCAACACUUGCAUCAAUCAACCCUGGGAUCACUCGACGUGGUCAGAAGAUCCUGGGGUCUUGAACGCUAUCUAUGAGCAAGCCAAUAUUACGGGAUGUAAAGACUAUGCACUCACCUAUCGCGGCCAAUUCAUUGUUUCCCGAUCUCGUGUUCUGGCGCAGAACAAACAGCUUUAUUCACAUCUGCUGCAUAACUUGGUAGAUCCUGAUGCGGUAACGCAUUCAGAGGAAUACCUCAAACAGCCUUGGUUGCCGAGUAAACAGGACAGCCUCAAUGCACCUUUGUUUGGGUUCACGACAGAGAGGAUAUGGGGAUUAGCAUUUGGAUGCGAGGGAAAGAUGGACAAGUGUCCGAGCCUGGUAUCUAGUGCUUUAAGGCAAAGUCUAGGAAUGGGCAUCAAAGGCGAUAUAGGAGAUUGUCAGUGCUUAGAUCCUUAG